AACCAAUGAAUAAGGAAACAGAAGUCAAUGAAAUGAACCAAAAAUGAACCCAAGCAAAAAGCGCCACGCUCAAAAUUGUAAUUUUAAAAUUAAAUGGUAGGGGUCGUCGGCGUAUUAUUUUUCUAUAUAAGCAAAAGAUAAAGCAACUUAACUUAGGAUUGUUAUUAAUUAAUCACAAACAAACAGUCAUGCAGGUUAUCAAGGAAGAUAAAACAGUCGUUUAUUUUGAUGAAGCCAAGGUCGUGGCAUUAUCCACGCAGCUAAUACUCUGUAUUAGCUUCAUGGCAUUAUCACAACAUUUAUUGCUCUCGUACAUUCAAUAAUCAUUCCGAAGAUGCAUUUUACAUAUUUUAUUGGUGUUGAUGUUGGCUCUGGGAGUGUAAGAGCUGCACUAGUAGACCAGACAGGCCAUGUAGUAAAAUCUUCUGUCCAAGAGUUAUUAACCUGGAAGCCAAAAUUAAAUUUUUAUGAACAGUCUUCCAAUAACAUAUGGGAAUGUUGUAUAUCUGUGAUUAAGGACGUAGUCAAGGAUGUAGAUAGUUCACACAUUAAAGGCAUUGGAUUUGAUGCAACAUGCUCCCUCGUUGCAUUAGACAAAAACGGUAAUCCUAAGGCAGUAAGUACAAGUAACAAUGAGCAAAAUGUUAUAAUGUGGAUGGAUCACAGGGCACAAGUUGAAGCCGAUUAUAUAAAUAAAACAAACCACAACAUCUUGAAAUAUGUUGGUGGCAAAGUGAGCUUAGAGAUGGAGAUGCCUAAGUUGCUGUGGUUGAAAAAAAACUUACCAAAAGAGUGGAACAACUUUGGGUAUUUUUUUGAUUUACCUGACUUUUUAACAUGGAAAGCUACAGGCAAGAUGUCAAGGUCCUUGUGCUCCUUGGUGUGCAAAUGGAAUUACGAAUGUUUCACAGAUGGCAGAAGAGGUUGGAAUUUAGGUUUUCUGAAACAGAUUGGUCUAGAAGAACUUGCAGAUGACGAGUUUAAAAAAAUUGGAAAUGUUGUGUUGAUGCCUGGGGAGUAUUGUGGAGGGCUUAAAGCGGAUGUUGCAGAGACUCUGGGCCUGAAACCUGACAUUCCAGUAGCUGUAUCUAUCAUUGAUGCUCACGCAGGAGGUUUGGGCAUGAUUGGAACAAAGGGAGGAGAUAUAGACAGUAAUAUGGCUAGCAGACUUGGCUUAAUAUGUGGCACAUCCACUUGUCAUAUGGCAGUUAAUAGUGAUGCCGUUCUUGUUAAGGGAGUAUGGGGUCCCUACUUCAGUGCCAUGGUCCCAGGCAUGUGGCUGAACGAAGCUGGCCAGAGUGCAUCAGGCAUGUUACUGGAUUAUGUCAUAUCAAGUCACCCAGCUGGUUCAAAACUACUUGAGAGUAAAAGUACUGGAGAGAUACGGGUACAUCUAAAGGAUUUGAUGCAAAAAUUGUCAUUACAGAGAGGUCUAGAAGAUCUUAAUUUGCUUACCAAAGAUUUUCAUGUAUGGCCUGAUUAUCAUGGAAAUAGAUCACCCUUAGCUGAUCCAUCUAUUAAGGGUAUGAUUGUUGGAUUGACCAUCGACAGCACAGAGGAGAACUUGGCUCUUGUCUAUUUAGCUACAUUACAGGCACUAUCAUAUGGAACAAGGCACAUCAUAGAUGCCUUAUUAGAAGCCGGCUAUGAGCCUUUCAAGUCCUUAGUAAUUUGUGGUGGCAUAACCAAGGAUCCACUGUUCAUCCAAGUGCAAGCAGAUGCAGUCGGCUUACCCAUAUUAAAGCCAAACGAACAAGAAUCUGUUUUGGUAGGGUCAGCCAUCCUUGGAGCGUGUGCAGCUCAACAUUUUAACAGCAUUAAAGCUGCUAUUGAAAAUAUGGGAGGAGCAGCUACAGUUAUACUUCCAAACGAGAACAUAAAGAAGUUCCAUGACAAAAAAUACCAAGUGUUUCUGAACAUGUAUCAAGAUCAAUUAAAAUAUAGAAUGAUCAUGAAUUGAAGUGUGAUAUUCGCUUUUAAGAACUAAAAUUUAUUUUGUAACCCUUUAUUUAAAAAAUAUUUAUGUAUGCGGCGUAUGAUCCUGUCUCUGUAUAUUCGCCGUGUAAAUAUUUUUUAUUAGGGAGUGUUUUAUUCUAUGAGCAAAGUUGUUAAGAUGAGAUGAUAGUGAUUUUAUUAGUUACAUUUUAUAAAUAAAUAAUGUUACUGUUA